UCAGCAGCAGCACAGAUCAUGGACUUCUACAUGGUCUCCAUGGACAUCAACACAGCCCUUGGCUAGAGCAUGGACUACAGACCUAUCAUGGCCCUCGUAUGGAUGGCCUAGGGCAGCAACGCAGGCUAUGGCACCAACAUGAUCCCUGGCAGCAGCACAGGCCACAGACAUGAACAUGGCUUCAGAUGGCAGCAAAAGACCAAGGACAUCCAAUAUAACCUUUGCUGGUAACAUGGACCACACUCAUCAACAAAGCCAUCCUUAUUCAACUGAGAACUAUGAACAAAGAAUUCGCGAGCAACAAGAACAGCUCUCAUUUCAACAAACUCUUAUUGACAAGCUAAGAUCACAGCUACUUCUUAUGGAGUCUAGUCGAGAUAAUAGUUAUGGCUAUGUACCUUUGCUUGAAGAUGGUGAAAAAAGGAAGAAUAAUUUGACCCUUGAUGAACCACAUGAUAAAGUGAAACUAGGAACACUGAGAGAUAAGCAAUCAAAGGGGAGAAGACAAGAAGUUUCUUCUGGAAGAAAAACCUCAAAGGAUCUCAGCGUUCCUUUACAUCAUGAAAGGGAUAAUAUAGAGAAGACUUUCUGGGACCUUAAAGAAGAAUUUCAUAGGAUAUGCUUGCUAGCAAAAGCACAAAAAGACCAUUUAAACAAACUUAAUAUACCAAAUAUUGUGACUGACACGCAGUGCUCUGUGCCUGUACAGUGUACUGAUAAAACCGAUAAACAAGAAGCGCUGUUUAAGCCCCAGGCUAAAGAUGAUAUAAAUAGAGGUACGCUGUGCAUCACAUCUGUUACACCAAGAGGACUGGGCCAAGAUGAGGAAGAUACUUCUUUUGAAUCGCUUUCUAAAUUCAAUGUCAAGUUCCCACCUAUGGACAAUGACUCUACUUUUCUACAUAGCACUCCAGAGACGCCAAACAUCCUUACUCCUGCCACACCUGAGGCAGUGUGUGAGGACAAAUUUAAUAUGGAAGUCAGAGAUAACCCAGGAAACUUUGUUAAAACAGAAGAAACUUUAUUUGAAAUUCAGAGAAUUGACCCCAUAACUUCAGCUAUACAAAACCUUAAAACAACUGACAAAACAAAACCCUCAAAUCUUAGAGCUCCGUGUUUGCCAGCUGGAGACCAUAAUGUGUUCUAUGUAAAUACAUUCCCACUUCAAGACCCGCCUGAUGCACCUUUUCCCUCACUGGAUUCCCCAGGAAAAGCUGUCCGAGGACCACAGCAGCCCUUUUGGAAGCCUUUUCUUAACCAGGACACUGACUUAUGCGGUUCAGACUCAGAACUCCUUAAGCCUCAAGUGUGUGAAUUCUGUCAAGAGCUCUUCCCACCAUCCAUUACAUCCAGAGAGGAUUUCCUUCGGCAUCUUAAUACACACUUCAAUGGGGAGACUUGAGGCAUAUUUGAAAACAAAACACAUCACAUUCUCUGUGAUGUGAUUUUGUAUUUUUAAUGCUAAAGAACACUUGCUUGUAAGCUAAAUUUAAGAUUGUUUAUAAAAGAAAUUCAGUGUCACAGCUACUUGAAUUUUUCUCUAAACUUGUUACUUUUAUUUUUUAAUAAUUUUGUAUAAAACUGUAAUUCAUUAUAUUCCUGUUUAUAAUAUAUUGCCAUGCCUCAAAAUUAUGCAUGUGACUUACAGAGUUAUAUAAUCAUAAUUUAUGUUUUAAAUACCUAAGCUCAUUGUUUGACUCUCAUGAGAUCUAUUAAAUUUGGUGAUUUCAAACGUUUAUAGGGUACUGUGUAUAGGAUUUCAUUUGAAUUUUUAAUUAUUUAUGCUGGAAGUAAUAUUUCUUUAAAAUACAUAUGUACCUUACAGAUAAUAGCAGACAAUAUAAUCUAAGUAAAUAUCGAAUCAGAUAUUAGUUACCCAGUGAAAAUUAUUUAAACGUUUUAAAUCAUUUUUUAAAAUAACACACAUGGUUUUAAAUUUUACUAUGUGUAUAGAUGCAUGCUUAAAUGAGUUAAAUAUUAAAAGUUA